CAACUGUCAGCUGUUAGAUGCCGACAUGUUUACAUCGAGCCUUUCUGCAGAACAACAGAGAGAUCUGGCGCAGAGACUCACCACGUUUCUGUCUCACUACAGCCACGUAUCUAACGCCUAUAUAAUUGAGUUCUUCACUGAAGAUCUCUGGCACACAUUACCUAACACCUGGCAGCCUGUGCUGCAGGACCUGUCAUACCCACAGAUUGCAGACCUACUACUGGAUGCUACACAUGGAGACAGGAGAUAUCCUUCGGUGUGGCCUCUCUCCCUCUUGGCUUUCCGCGCCACAGCUCACGCCCUGGCGUUUCCCAGAGAGUGCCGGCGGGAGACGGGAAGAGCAGCCGGCUUGGUGAAGCCUGAAGAGUUCCUGGAAAACCAGAGUCAGAGCUCUCUGCUGGGGCACAUAUUCAGGAAACACGUCAAACCCAAGAAACAGCAUGAGAUUCGCAAGCUGGGCCUGCUGGUUAAACAACUCUGUGGCCAGACGGACUGCAGCAGAGUCGUGGAUGUCGGCUCUGGACAGGGUCACCUGACUCGUUUCCUGUCCUUUGGGCUCGGACUGUCUUUGACCGCUAUUGAGGCUGAUCACACCUUGGUUGCCAUGGCGUCCAGGUUUGACGGACAGUUACUGUGGGCCUUGGAGAAGGAAAGGCAGAAAAAGAACUGCUCCUUUCAGCUCCCAGCAUCACACUCCUCUCCACGCCAUGUGGCCGGUUGGGUAAACCCCAAGGCAUCAUGGGAGGCCUUCGUCAAGCAGCUUAGUUCUGCAAAUUGUGUCAGCGAAGGUCCCCCAACUCCAUCUGGACCCUGCAAAAAGAGACUCCGGGGCUCCGAGCAUCAGACAUGUUCUCGUGUGAUCCAGACUUCAUCCUCUCACGGCUCCACAGACUCUGAUUCUCACUCUCAGGACUUCGAAAUGACAUCACAACGUCAGCCGAGCAUGAACCAGUCUGAAGAGAAGUCAUCAUCCGCCGACAACUGCUGCUCAUGUGUCCCGCGAGUCUGUCAGGAGGCGUCGUGGCUCAAGGAAGACAGCCAGAGAGGCUAUCCAGACUUUGUCCUGACCGGUCUCCACGCCUGUGGUGACCUCAGCACCACCCUCCUCCGCCACUUUGUCAACUGUCCACAUGUGCGCGGCAUCACCUCUGUGGCGUGUUGCUACAUGAAAAUCACAACCAAAGAAAACCCCACCCCUCCAGGACUGGUCGAACCUCCCGCUCCCCCGACACCAGGCCACGAGUCGCUUCCCUCCGAGUUCGGCUACCCGAUGAGCUCCUGGGUGCGGGGGUUGCCAGGACAUCAGCUGUCCUAUAAGGCGCGGGAGGGGGCGUGUCAUGCUGUGGAGGACUACAUUCGAAGGCUUCGGGAGGAGAGCGAGUUGCUCAGGAUACACUGUUAUCGGGCGAUGCUGGAGGCCUUCAUUAGGGAUACGAGGCCGGAUCUACGCAGAGCAGGAAUCCAGACUAUAAAGAAAGCCCAUUUAUUAACCUUUACAGAGUACGCCCGGCUGGGUCUGGCUCGGGUCGGCCUGCCUCCCGGGCUGCCUCUGGACCCGGAGCGGGUGGAGGCCAUGCUGAAGCAGCAGGGUAGGGUGGUGGUGUACUUCAGCCUGGCACUGCUGCUGGCUCCCGUGGUGGAGACGCUGGUGCUGCUGGACAGGAUGAUCUACCUGCAGGAGAACGGUGUGGACAGUCAGCUAGUUCCUCUCUUUGACCCAAACAUUUCUCCAAGAAACUUUGUGCUGGUGGCUCUCAAGACUCGUGGAUAGGAGGGAGAAAAAUGGAAACUCCUAGGUCAAACUAUAUUAUUCACUCUCUGGUGUAAAAACUCACACUUACCUGUUCAAAAUGAAAGAUGACUCAAGAUCAUGACAGUAAAAGUUAUACAAGGAACUCUAAGUCUUAAGCUUAUUGUGAUUUUAGCCUCUUUUUAGACAAAUUAAAUAAUGAACAUGAAGGGAAGAUUUUCUUUGCUCUGAGCUGCAGACAUGCUGUAUAUUUGCCAGAAUGAGUAAAUGUUGUUGCUGCAGUAGAGCCCUUCAGAUGUUCAGCUUCUCUGUUACACAGGAACAUGCCAGCUCACUUGAAAUGGACAGCCUUCACACUGUCCAAACAUAUGGUUUUGUGGACGCCAGACUCUUCACACUGGUUAUCACUCAAUGUCUUCAUGAUCGCACAGAAGCAGUUGUGUGUUUGGCUUUCCUGACAUGGUGUGGUUUCUAUGUACAAAUGCACUGUAUUGUUGUCCCUGUUUUUAUUUUUAUUUUUAAUAUUGAAUUGUUUCUGUUCCUCUUUGUAGAGAACUACAGGACGAUCAUGUUUUGUGCUUUACUGUUUCUGUAAUUCAAAGCAAUAAACAAAAUGAUUGCUUUUA